GGGCGCCUCGUCACUUCCCCUGCGCUGGUUGUCCCGGUGGCUCAGUCAGCGAAGUGACUGAGCAAAACGGCUGGGAUAUGACCCUAGGGGCGCUGCUGCUGCUGGGGGCCCUGGGGGCGCCGCUCGUCCGGGGCGUCCGUGGCUCGCCGGCGGAGGGCCGGCUCCUCGAGAAACUUUUCUCGGGCUACGAUAGCUCUGUGCGGCCGGCACGGGACGUGGGAGACCGCGUCUGGGUCAGCAUCGGUCUCAGCCUAGCGCAACUCAUCAGCCUGAACGAGAAGGAUGAGGAGAUGAGCACAAAGGUGUACUUAGACCUGGCGUGGACGGACUACAGGCUGAGCUGGGACCCUGCGGAACACGAGGGUAUCGAUUCACUCCGCAUUACGGCUGAAUCCGUGUGGCUACCAGACGUGGUGCUGCUAAACAACAAUGACGGAAAUUUUGACUUCGCUCUGGACAUUAACGUCGUGGUGUCCUCCGACGGCUCCUUGCGCUGGCAGCCUCCGGGCAUCUAUCGCAGCAGCUGCAGCAUCCAGGUCACCUACUUCCCCUUUGACUGGCAGAACUGCACCAUGGUGUUCAGUUCCUAUAGCUAUGACAGCUCAGAGGUCAGCCUGCAGAAUGGCUUGGAUCCUGAUGGGCAAGAGCAGCAGGAAGUGCACAUUCAUGAAGGGACCUUCAUUGAGAAUGGCCAAUGGGAGAUUAUCCACAAGCCUUCUCGGCUAAUUCAGCCUCCAGUGGAUCCUAGGGGCAGGGGGGACGGACAGCGUCAAGAAGUCACCUUCUACCUCAUCAUUCGGCGGAAGCCUCUCUUCUACCUGGUCAACGUCAUUGCGCCGUGCAUCCUCAUCACUCUCCUGGCCAUCUUCGUCUUCUACCUGCCACCAGAUGCAGGAGAGAAGAUGGGGCUCUCCAUCUUUGCCCUGCUGACCCUUACUGUGUUCCUGCUGCUUCUGGCAGACAAAGUGCCUGAGACCUCUCUGUCUGUCCCCAUCAUUAUCAAGUACCUCAUGUUUACUAUGAUCCUCGUCACCUUCUCAGUUAUCCUUAGCGUUGUAGUCCUCAACCUGCACCAUCGCUCACCCCACACCCACCAAAUGCCCUUUUGGGUCCGUCAGAUCUUCAUCCACAAACUCCCGCUGUACCUGGGUUUGAGGAGACCCAAACCUGAGAGAGAUCAGAAGCUGGAGCCACCUCCUGUAGCCCCCAGGGAUUCUCCAGGGAGUGGAUGGGGUCGGGGAACAGAUGAAUAUUUCAUCCGGAAGCCACCGAGUGAUUUUCUCUUCCCGAAACCCAACAGAUUCCCAUCUGAAUUGGCUGCCCCGGACCUGCGGCGAUUUAUCGCUGGUCCAAACCGGGCCAUGGGCCUGCCUCCCGAGCUACGGGAGGUCGUUUCCUCCAUCAACUACAUCGCUCGACAGCUGCAGGAACAGGAAGACCACGACGCGCUGAAGGAAGACUGGCAGUUUGUGGCCAUGGUAGUGGACCGCCUUUUCCUGUGGACCUUCAUCAUCUUCACGAGCGUCGGGACCCUCGUCAUCUUCCUGGACGCCACGUACCACUUGCCCCCUCCCGAUCCCUUUCCUUGAGGACAGACGGCCGAGACCAGGGUCUUGGCCAGUUGAACUGACUUUGGCAGUACUAUCAAGCCUCUAUCCCUUUCUUCCUCUUACUUCCUUCACUAGGAAUCCAGUCCUCUCAUUUAGUUUCUUCGGAGAGUGUUGGAGUGGGACUGGGCAGGCGGAGUCCUUGGGCCCACCAGAAAUGCACUAUCAGCUUAUUUACUCUGGCUUUUUGAAAAAGCUCCCAUGGAUAUCCACACCUAGGUUCUCAGUAAAAUGGAACAAAGAACAAGAACUAGACUGUUAGCUUUAGGAGGGCAGGAUUCUGGUUCACUGUACCAUCCCCAGCCCUUAGUACAGGUCCUGACCUAUUGUAGGUGCUUAACAUUUGUAUAAAUAGAGAAGAUUUUUUUCUGGAAGGAAAUAUACCAAUUAAUAGCACUUAUGUUUUGCA